CGCGAGGCCCCCCGGGGCGGGCCGUUGUAGCUGUGUGGCGGGUCGGUGGGUCGAUCGUCUCGCCGCUCAUCGUUUUGCCAGCCUGCCAGGUGUGGGCGCUUUGGGAGAGCGCGGCCCAACGCGGCCCCCAGCUCGCGGCGUUGCCACCUGGUGCGGCGACUCGGCGCGCUAGGCGUGGGGGCCCUUGGGUUCGUCUUGUGCCCCGCAGAGAAACGCAAGCCGCGAAAAGAACGGGCGACGGGGCCCCGGAAUUCCUCGGGCGUGGUGGCGCCCCCCGACCUGGCCGGCCCCGUUUGCCGGCAUUCAGGCCUCCCUCGUCCCGGCCGCCCGGGCAAGAAAAUGGCGGCGCUCCGCGCCGUUUUUCGUUCGCAUCUCGCGCCCGCCUCAUGUGUGGGCGCGGGCGGGAUGGGUCGCGCGUUUCUUUGCCCCCCCCGCCUCCCGGUCGGUGGCCCCGCCCCCCAGGCGCCCCGUCCUAUUGCUUGGCGCAGCGGGCAGCCCGGGCGGGCCGGCCAUGCAUUGUGCUACCUAGAUUUUCGCGAGCCUGCCGGCGCCCGCGACGGACCGGUCCUGGGUUGGCUUUAUGGAUAUUCGCUUCCGCGGGCGCAGCCACGAGCGCAGUGUGUGCGUGGGGUCGCUGCCGCGGUUAAUGGCCGAGCUUCCUUCGUUCUUUUUUAUCUGGUGGGUCGAACAACAAAACGAAAAUCGAGGCUCUUUUGGAAUGAGCUUGAUGUCGAUACACAUUUCUGGUAGGAGCGAGUUCUCGCGCACGUGUGACGCUUCGCCUUCCC